AGAAAAUACGUUUUUUUUUUUUUAAUUAAACGAAAUGACUACCAAUAUGGAAUUAGUGGAUUUGUUAAAGUUCGGAAGAUAUCAGAUGUACCAGUAUUUUAUAAUAUGUGUGCCAAUUAUGAUAGUGUCUAUGAUGAAUGUUAAUUACAUUUUCGUCGCCGAAGAUGUCGAUCACCGGUGCCGAGUCCCAGAAUGCGACAUACAUGACAGUACAUUAUCAGUAGAAAUUCCAGAAUACUGGCCAAAAGACAUCGACGCCAGAUGCUACCGGCCUGUUUUAAAUAAGGAAAAGUAUUUUGAAAAUGGAACCUGCUCGAACGAGACUUUCACAGCGACGGUGGAGGAAUGCAACGAGUGGAUUUAUGAACACAACAAUUCUAUUGUGUCUGAGCUGAACCUUGGCUGCCACUCCUGGAAGUCGACGCUGGUGGGUACCAUCCACAACACUGGAAUGAUGUUCUCCAUGUCCGUGGCUGGAUGGAUAGCUGAUAAGUACGGAAGGAAGCCAGCUCUUAUUAUUUGCUCAGUUGGUGGUUUGGUUGGUGUCAUCAAGAUGUUUCUAAGCAACUAUUCUACGUACUUGGUUGUUGAGUUUCUGGAGACCCUACUCGCAUCAGGUCUUUACACAGUUGGCAUCGUCAUAAUGAUUGAAGUCGGUGGGAAUUCCAAAAGAGUGGUCACAGGCGUAGUCUUCUCCUACGCGAUUUAUAUUGGAGAAGUCUUCUUCGCUCUUAUAGCAAUGGGUGUACAGUAUUGGAAAUAUAUUGUUGCCAUAGUAUACGCACCGACCGCGCUCUUCGUGCUAUACAUAUUCGUCCUAAAAGAGAGCAUGCGAUGGCAACUAGUAAACGAAAAGAUAUCAGAAGUGAAGGAAACGCUUAAAUUCGUGGCGAGAGUCAACAAUAUAAGUGUUACAGACAAAGAAAUAGACGACUUAAGCGGUGACGAGCUGACCAAAAAGUUGGAUGCCAUAAAACAGAGCGAGACAGAAAACUUGAAAGAUGUAUUGAGCUCGAAAGAGAUGACUGUACGACUCGCUGUUGCGUCCUUCUGCUUCUUCACUUCUAGCUUUGUUUACUACGGUCUGGCGAUCCACUCCGUUCUUCUACCGGGGAACAAAUACACGAAUUUCGUGUUAGCAUCAGUGACGUCAUUUCCCAGUGAUCUGCUAGCCUUAUACGUGCUGGACAAAUAUGGAAGGAAAUUAACAUUGCAAUGCAGCUACGCAUUCCUAGCUGUCUUCCUGACAGCAGCAUCAUUUUCCCCUGAAAAUCUAUCCUGGCUGACUGUACUCCUGUUUCUGCUGGGCAAGUUAGGCGCCGUCAUAUGUUUCACCGGCGUUUACACUUUUGCCCUAGAGCUGUUCCCUACGAGUGUGCGAGGAACGCUGUUCGGGAUAUGCAAUACUACAGCGCGUAUUGGCAGUCUGUUGGCACCGUUGACUGUGCUUCUGAGAAGCGAGUUCAAAGCUCUUCCAUCAUUACUCUUCAGUUCUACGGCGCUCAUCGCAGCGCUUCUCUUGAUAUUCACCCCGGAAACCAAAACCCUACCGAUGUUCGACACCAUCGCACAAAUAGAGUUCCACAAGAAGGAAAACAAGGACAGCGUACAGGGCAUAGACAAUUUGGGAUUAGAACACGUAAAAAAUAUAAAAGUAUGAACCGAG